AAUGGCUUAAAUAUAGGAAUUUACUCUUCGUUUUUCAAUGACACAUUCAAAAAAUGAGCUUUUGGAUUAUAUUAAUGAAAGAAAAAUCUAUUUCCCCCAUAAUUUAGAAUCCAGACUUUUGAAAUGGAAUUGUUACCCAUUGAUUAAUUUCGAUACGGAGGAAUUAGAAGUUAGUUUUGGUGUUUUCUUCCUUUAGAUUUUGAAACUAUCUUAAAAUUAGACAGUGAGGGAUUAAUUUUCAGAUUUACUAAACUGUUAGUUAAAUAAUUUGCAGAAAGUAGAUUUCAUAAAAAUUUGUCAUCGGAUUUUUUAGAAAGAAUCAUUAAACCCUUUUCCUCAAAGUAAUGAGUUCAAAAGUCUUGGUGAUAAUCUUAAAGAAAGUUUUGUUUAUGAAAAGCAUAUUUCAGAUAAGCCUCCUUCCUAUUAUAAAAGUUAAAAUGGCAAUUUAGUUUUCGAAAUUAAUGAAUAAGAAGUAAAAUAUCGAAUUUUAUUAUAUAAAAAAGAAGAUGAAUCAAGAAUUACAACUGCUAUCAUAUUUUCAACAAACAAUGAUAUUAGAAGAGUGUUUCCAUUAUAAAAUUAAGUUUUUAUUCCCAAUAGCUUCAAUUAAAGUCAAUAAACUUAUACUCCCUCACAUUUCAUUCCUAAUAAUCAAAAAUUUGUAAUUAAUCAAUCUGUAUAAUUUUAAGAAUAGAAUAAUAAUUAUGUGGAAGGAAGGGUAGCAAAUAUUUAACCUUUAAAUGGAUAACCAAAAUAAUCAUCUAUGAAAGACAGCCCAGCUUUUUAAUAAGUGGUUUUCUAAUAAUAACCAUUCUAAUCACAAUAAUAAUAGCAUUAAUAAUAGUAAUAUCAAAAAUAAUAAUAAUAAAACUAAUAAUAAUAAUAAUAAUAGCCAUACUAAUACUAAUAACAAUACCAGCAAUUAAACUAACCUUAAUAGUACUAAUAAUAAUAACCUUAAUUUUAGUAACCAUAAUAAUAAUAUCAAUAGUUUUAGAAGUAAUCGAAAUUAUCAACAAAUUUUGUUAAUGUUAACACUAAUACUAAUAUAAUAAACAAUAGUUAUCUUAAUUUUAAUUAUAAUAAUAUUGCUCAUACUAAUACUUUUAAUUUUUAAUUAAACGGAAAUCAAUAGGUCUCUUAACUAAAGCCAUAGCAAAAAUCAAAUGAUGUGCUUUUCAUAUCAACAGAAACAAUAUAAUAGUUUCAAGAUAAAUCAAGAGCGCCAAUUUUUAAUUCAUCUUCACUUCCUUGUAAUUCAAGUUAAUAGAACACAUCAGCACAAGUAAAACCUGAAGAAAUAGAUGUACUUUCCACAUAACAAAUAAAUCAAAUUUCCUAAGUUGAAAAAGAUACUUAGAUGCCAACAGAAUCCAGAAUUUAAACUAAUAUAAUGGCAAGGAGAUAGUAAGAACCUGUAUCUUGCUAAAUAUGCACUAUGAAUUAUAGUUUUGAUCCGAAUGAAGCCUUAAUGACUCCUUGCUGCCUUCGGAAAGUUCAUGCUGAUUGCUAUUAACAGGACUUACAUUAAAAAGCUAUUUAAUUUAUGAAUUUCGAUCUAGUCACUUGUUACUCUUGUAAGAAUUCAUUAAAAGGUUAGAAUGAUUUUUUAAAAAACAAUAUUUCUAUUUCACUUUAUGGUGAAAUCGUAAAACGGACAUUAUUAGCACAAAUUCCUCUGAAAUGUUGUAAAUGUUAACAGCCAAUUCAAGCUAGCUAGGAAAUAUUAAGUAAAUAGGUUAUGCUAAAAUGUUUAUCAUGCGAUACUAAGCUCUGUAGCCUGUGUCGUCAAGAGUAUCAUGGAGAAAACUAAUAGGUAAAAGCUAAAAUUAUAAAAGAAUUAAUCCUGUCCAAGCCUAUUAGUCGAUAUUUAAAAUGCAUUUAAGAAUAUGCCAAUUCUUGUUUGUCCUUUUUGUUAGUUAAUACAAACAAAGGAUGAUAAAUGUAAUCAUGUGAGAUGUUUCAGUUGCUAGAAAGACCUAUGUUCAGCUUGUUCUGUAGAUCGAAUUCCGAUACUGGCUCAUGGAAACCAUUAUCACAGAGAAGGAUGUCCUGACUAUAAGCCAUGGAUAAAAAAUAAUAUAGUAGUUAAAUAAAAAGAAUUCGAUAAAUAAAGUUGUUAAAGAUGUAAGGAAUCAGGUAAACCUUGCGAAUAUCCAAUGAGUUUGUAAGAGUACAAGAAAUUAAAAUAGUUUUGA